AUGAGGAUUAUAUUUUUGCUUACCGCGUUGGUGGGCUUACUUCUGCUUUCAAUUACGCUUAACGCAGUGCGUAAAGGUAAGGUUUUUAGGCGUCUUAAAAAGAGAUUGGGCGGCUUGUUUUUUUCGAGCAAUGAAAAAUAUUUUCCUGGAAGUUUGCAGCAUAAUUUGUAAUAGUAAAAUCAAACAUUUGCAUCAUUUUUUCAUCCAACUCUAUAUAAUCUGCAUGGAGAAUUUUAUGGGCCAUUUAUCUAUUGUAAAAUUAAUCUUUUUUUCUUAAAAAGGGACACUUUACACUUUUUUUAAAAUCAUGUUUUGCGAAAGUCAAGCUUUAUUUCAGUUGCUAUGGUACCGAGAAUGUUACACGUGCGCAUUACUCCUUGCAUUAGCUCGCGCUUCGACAGUUGCUCGUGACGUGUUCAACAAAUAAUUCCAGAAGAACAACACUUUAUGGAUCUUUAACAUUACUGUGCGCCACAGACAAAACUAAACUCUGGUGUAAAAGCUAUGAAAAUUGUGAUCAUUUGGGAUUAGGGUUUUUAUAUGAUCUUAAAUUAUUUUUGGUCUUCAAAAAUCUUACCGUGAACUAUAAUCUGUAACCAAGUCAAGUUUACGGCCACUUUCAGGCAAAGGUUUUAAAUCGAACUUGAUGACCAAGUUCUUUUUUGAAAAGUUACAACCUCCUUUUCAUUCUGCAGACCCUGUCAUGGCUGAAAAACCAGAUUUCUUUUAUGAAGACUUCGCAAAUGGAGCAACUGUCAUCGGAAACUGGCAAGGAAAGGUAAAGGUUUCUUUAAGGGCUGCGAUAAACUAAACCAUUAGAGAUAUUUAUUAUCACGUUUCAAGCAAAUGGCAUUUUUAAAUAACUUUGAAGUCUUGGAUUCUUAUCAUAACUUAUAUUUGUUAUUUAAAACACUGGGCCUCACAUAACCCAAGUAACUGAAGCUCUUAAAUUAUUGUUGGGACUACAACCCGUAGUUUGGUUUCAAACUAUUUACAAGAAGAGAUAAUUAAAAAAGCAUGAUAUAAAAGCGCUUACUUGAUAUACUUAUUUAGUUAGACUACUUAGUUUAUUUUCUUCUUUUCUUCAAACCUUUAUUGCUGUUCUUUGCUACUCUUACGACAGAAUUAUAUCAUCAAGAUGCAAAUUAAAACCCUGAAACUUGACUUAAAAGUGGUUGUUCGAGAGACUGGCUCUGCACAAGGCGAUAUCUACAGUACUUUCCAAGAGGAACAGGUAAUAGACCGCACACACUGUAUGUCAGUGCGUUUGAACUUUCACAAAAGUAACGUCACUUAAUGAUCAGUCAAACUUCAAAGCUUGCAUCUAAUUGCUAUAAGGCAAACAGAUUAUUUAUUUUCAUGAAUAAAAUGUCGUUGAGUGAUUUUCUGAUAGUUUCAAAAGAAGUGCACGCAGAGUAAAACUUUUUGCCAUUGAACAAUCACAAGAUAAUCGUCUUAAAGAUCUUGAUCAGUUUCAAUUUUGAUUUUAAAAUUCUUGAUUUUAUUUAGAAUCACGACUCGCAAACCUGUUUGAACCCAGAAAGUGUACCUCACUACAACAACCAAACUUGUGAACCCAGGCCUCUGAGUCUAACGGAGCAGACAUGGAACAAAUUGCGCAGGAAUACAGUGGCGAUAACAGCUUGGACAUGGAACGGAGUAAACAGGGCAUCAAAAACAACUGUUGGCUUUGUGGCGACAAUGACCUGUAAAUUUUGCGGCGGAGUUAAGUUUACGGCAGAGUGGAUCUUUGACAAGGCCCCGUUUAUGGCUGAGUGGACCUGGCAGCAAAUCUUGUGGAUGGCGCGGUGGACUUGGGACAAAGCAACCGAUUUUGCAGAGUGGACUUGGUACCAACUCACUGACCUGGCUAACGGAAUUUGGGAUACGAUUGCAUGGAUUAUUAAUUUCUGUUUCUCUUCGAUUUGCGCCUUCAUUGAUACCGUUUCUGCGCUGUGCGCUGUAUACGUUAAGAGUAAGUGAAUAUCCUGUUUGUAAAGUAAAUUAUAUUAGCACAGCUUGACCGUAGUAGCUAAGGAAACACUUCAGACUCAGGAACUGGAAGGGUACUUUCGGGAUCUGGGAUACGGUGCGGGAUUAGGAAAACCGAAAAAUGUCUUGAUGGGAAACGGUGUUUUUUUUUUUUUUUGAAAAGUUGCCUGGUGCUCAGUCAAACGCUAGAUAGGACUUUCUUACCAAAACAUCUCAACUCGCCGUACCCGUUUAAUCUUAGUGACUUGGAAAUUUUCUGAGUGUAAUAAUAUACUGUUUUGUUAUCCACAGGUCACGUGACAUACAUCAGAUCCCUGUUCGGCGGUAUUACCAGACAGGAAAUAAUCAGAACACUGAUUACAAGUUUUGUGUUGGUUUCUACCCUGCUCUUCAUCAACGAGACGAUCAGAUAUGUGAUUCGGAGACGAGGGUAUGUGAGUCCCGACUUGCACUUUUAAUUGAAACAAAUGUACGUGGCAAGUAGAUCAACUCGGAAAACUCGACAACAGAAUUGAUCCUCAAGAAGCGCCAACUAGUUUGCUAUUUGGAAAAUUUUAAGACUGACAAUGUUAUACUGUUGUAGCGUUUUCAGAAUGACCUCACCUGUGAUCGUCUUUGAAGAACGCGAGGUUGUUCUUAGCAAAUUCUUACUGGUAGUUUCCGUGCAUUGUCUGUAGUCCUUUCGUUUUUGACCUGAACAUCAAAUCAUCAGUCAUGGAGUUUAACAAAUGUCAUUUGUAAAACGCUUUGUAGAGAAAUCAGAUUUGCGACUCGCUUAAAACUUCCUGUGAUCUAAAAAUUAAAUAGCCUGUGAAAACGCUACCACUGGUUUCCCCGCCAAAUGACGUAUGAGAAACGAGGGCAGAAAUUCCAUACUGACGACACGUCACUACCCAGAUCUGGGUAGUGCUUCUGAUUGGUUGAAUCAAGUUUCCCACGCGGCACGACCAAUCAGAGAAACUAUCCAUAUCUCGGUAGUGACGCGUCAUCAGUAUGGAAUUUCUGUGUUUCUCAGACGUCAUUUUGCUAGGUCCAAAAUUUGAAUACGCAGGGGUGCAUGAAAGGCAGAUCUGGCGACUAAUUAGUACCUAAAGAUAGAAAAUACAGCGUCUAAGUUAAUAAUGUAAGAAUGUUUUUUCUCUUGACAGACAGGCGCGGUUGGAAAACGAAGCUGCCGAACGUGUUGUAUCUGCAGCUUCCCAAAAGCCAACAUGGCGUCCAAAACCAAAGAAGAAAAAGAAAAUUGACAAGAAGGGCUGGUAG